CUUUCGUUUAAUGCUCUUCUUCUAAGUCUCUCUCUCUCUGGUGGGUUUUCUCUUCGAAGAAUCACAACUAACAAUAAUGGUUAAUUCCCGUGAGAACAACAUCGUCGUUGAUCCCACUACAACGUCGAUUCUUCAAGAUGAAACGACAAGUAGAAAAUUCGGACAAGAGGUGAAGAGAGAGAAGAGAAGAGUUUUGGGUGUGAUUAAUCAGAAUCUUGUUGGUGCAAGAGGCCACCCCUGUGUUGUCAACAAGAGAGGCAACUUAUCUAAGCAAGAAGAAGAAGGAUGCCACAAGAAGAAGUGUGAGAGAUCCACAGUUACAAGAUCUCGAGUUGAAGAGCCGUUGUAUCAAGACGAGGCAAAGAAGCUGAAGCCAUCAGUUCCAAGUGGAAACGAUUUCGGUAACUGUAUAUUCGUUGAUGAAGAAGAAGAAGAAGCUACAUUGGACCAUCCGAUGCCAAUGUCUCUGGAGAAGCCAUACACUGAAGCUGAUCCAAUGGAGGAGGAUGUAGUAAUAGUGGAAGAGCCAAUCUUGGAUAUAGAUGUCUCUGAUGCCAAGAACCCACUUGCAGCUGUUGAGUAUGUCCAAGAUCUAUACUCAUUUUACCGCAAGAAGGAGAGGUUUAGCUGUGUCCCAGCAGAUUAUAUGACGCAACAAAUCGACUUAAACGAGAAGAUGAGAGCUAUACUAAUCGACUGGUUAAUAGAGGUGCAUGACAAGUUUGAUCUGAUGAACGAGACACUGUUUCUGACAGUGAAUCUGAUAGAUAGAUUCUUGUCCAAGAAAGGUGUUAUGAGAAAGAAGCUUCAGCUUGUAGGGUUGGUGGCUUUGCUCUUGGCCUGCAAGUAUGAAGAGGUUUCAGUUCCUGUUGUCGAAGAUUUAGUACUUAUUUCAGACAAGGCUUAUACGAGGAGUGAUGUUCUGGACAUGGAGAAAACAAUGUUGAGCACUUUGCAAUUCAAUGUCUCGUUGCCUACGCAAUACCCGUUCUUGAAAAGAUUCCUUAAGGCAGCUCAAGCAGACAAGAAAUGUGAGAUGUUGGCAUCGUUCUUGAUCGAGCUUGCACUUGUGGAGUACGAGAUGCUUCGGUUUCCAAUGUCGUUACUAGCUGCCGCAGCUGUGUACACUGCUCAAUGUACAAUUGGUGGUUUCAGGCAUUGGAGUAGUACAUGUGAAUUCCAUUCUCAUUACUCUGAAGAUCAGCUCAUGGAAUGUUGUAGGAAGAUGGUGAGUCUUCAUCAAAAGGCGGCGACAGGGAACUUGACAGGAGUCUAUAGGAAGUACAGCACAUCAAAAUUUGGGUACAUAGCAAAGUGUGAAGCUGCAGACUUUCUUGUGUCUGCCUGAUGAGCCAAAAUGACAACCAAUAACUAGUUUUGUACAGUUCCUGUUGUCAUAGUUAUUCAUUUCCUUUGAGGUAGAAGUAACACACAAGAAAAGAGACAAAAGUUCAAAUUGUCUGAAGAUUGAUUGAUUGAUGAAUCUGUUCCCUUUUUUGUUAGUCGCUAUAAUUGUAAUCUGUUCUGAGCAGUGAAUGAUGAUGAUGCAAAUCAUUCUUUUGCUCGAGUGUUACUCUUUCUGUUGAGCAAAGGACAAAAAAUA